AUUACGAGAUAUAAAAAAGUGCAAAAGUACCUUAAAUUUUAUUACAACAACUUCGGCUUCCACCAGCCUUACCAAGUGCUCCUAGAUGGCACGUUUUGUUUCGCAGCCUUUAAACAUGGAUAGUAAAUACCGCCGCGUUGGCCGCCUUAUCGACAUAGUGGAUGAGGAGUGGCGCACGGAGCAACUCCCCCACAUGGACAUCCGUGUGCCUGUGGAGGAGCUGCCCGACCCUGAGGCGGACAGCGCAGACUCACACCUCACCUUGAAGGAACAGGGCAUGCGCUGGCAGGAGAACUUCCCAGAGUCUGCCAGCAGUAAUCAAAACUAGGAACAAAUUAAUAUAAGGGAACAGUUACCAAAAUAUCUUAAUGGACAAGCAAAACUGUUAA